AUGUUUACGCCCAAGCAAGGGGCUAUCGGUGGCAGGUCGCGGACCUCCCGACUACGUGUAACGGCCAAUUACUCUUGGCCGUGUCUGCUAGGUCCCAGAGAGACACCGUCUCUUCAGCAGUACAUGCGCAAUGUGACAGAGCGUCCUUCACGUCCGGGUGCGCGAGUACUACCGUAUUUGGAUGAUUUCCUAAUCAUGUUUACUUCCGAGGAGCAAGCAAGUUUUUGCGCGUGCUGGGUGCGUGAGAGUAUCGAGUUUUUGGGUUUGUCAUGUCAUCCCACCAAGUGCCAGUGGGAGCCGUCGCAGUCAGUGUAUCACUUAGGCAUUACGGUCAAUACGGCAGCUGGUGUGUUCAGGUCUGGCAGUGCGGGUGCAGUCGUAGUGUGGGUGCUUUCGCAUGGCACUCGGUCGACUCCCCCCCCAGCGGGCGAAGCCGAGAUGGUGAAUGCCCGUGGAAAGCUCCAUGUACGCACCUUCAAAAACAAGUACGCCACUGGGACGCACCUCACUAACGCGAAGUACGGCAGGUUGAACCUUAUGAUCUAACGCCGUACGCGAACUAGUAUUACGAUAAUAAACAUAAUCCCCUACGUCAAACCUGCG